GGAAGGAGGAGUGUUCCGUGUCGAAGGAGCGCUUCUGCAUUGGUCGAGAAUAAAACAGCACGAAACUUUUGACGUGUUUUAAAGACGCUCGAGAUGAUAAAGAUGGCUCUGAGGUAGUGAUGUGAAGGAACGUCGGUGACCGAAUGUAGUGUUUCGCUGCUUUAUGUCGAGCGCGAAAAGACGUUUUCUCGCAAAUGGCGCCAAAACCGAGGUUAUUUUCUGAAAGUAAAGCGGAUCCACAAAAUAAGGAAAACAUGAAAACACUCUCCAGUCAUGUGUUCGUGAUUCAUGAACCUGACAGAGUCUGGCUUCCAAACAAGAAGGAGAAACUGCAGGUUUAACAGCUGUUGUUGUGAAGAUGGAGUUUGUUAAAGAGGAGAGUGAAGAAACGCGUGGAGUGAAAGAGGAAGAAGCUGAGGAACGGAGAGACCUGGUGGAAGUGAAAGAGGAAAGUGAAGAACUGAAUGAAGGGGAGGAGAAACAGCAGAAUCAGGAACCUCUGGAAAAGUCUUUCAGUUGCUCUCAGAUUGAGAAUAAAUCCUCGAAGGAAGCAACCGAGCCCAAUAAUUCAUUCAUGUGUCCUCAAUGUGGAAAGACCUUUACUUGUAAAAGAGACCUCAAGAGGCACAUAAGAAUCCACACCGGAGAGAAACCGUUCCCGUGCUCUCAGUGUGGAAAGAGUUUCGCCAAUUCAGGAGAUCUGAAGAGACACUUGAGAAUUCACUCGGGAGAGAAGCCUUUCAGCUGCCCUCAGUGCGGGAAGAGCUUCACGCAGAAGGAAGGUCUGAAGGAACACAUGAAGAUCCACUCCGGAGAGAAACCUUUCGCGUGCAUGCUGUGCGGGAAGAGCUUCACGCAUCAAAACAGCUUGAAAAGACACAUGAAGGUCCAUUCAGGAGAGAAGCUGCACCAGUGUCCUGAAUGCGGCGGAGGUUUUCAGAGCGCACAUGAGGAUCCACGAGGCGAGCGGCGCUACGUGUGUUCCUUCUGCGGGAAGAGCUUUCUGUGGCUCAACGGCUUCAAGGACCAUCAGAAGAUUCAUACCGGCGAGAAGCCCUACGUGUGUCUGGACUGCGGGAGUACUUUCACCAGAGCCGGGGAACUGAAGGUGCACGAACGCAUCCACACCGGAGAAAAACCCUACAAGUGUUCUCACUGCGAGAAGAGCUUCACAGUUUCAGGAGCCCUUAAAGUACACGAAAGAGUUCACACCGGAGAGAAACCGUACCUCUGUCCGUCGUGCGGGAAGACUUUCAGCCGCUACGGAAAUCUAGGGAAGCAUCUAAAGAAGGCUUGUCCAAAGCUGAGACGGAUGUGAGCCGAUGGACUGGAGUGCUGUGGAUUAUUGUGAGGUUUUUAUCAGCUGUUUGGACUCGUUCUGACGGCACCCAUUCACUGCAGAGCAUGCGUCACUGAGACACAUUUCUCCAGAUCUGAUUGAGAAACAAACUCACCCUGAUCUUGGAUGAUCUGAAAGUGAGCACAUUUUCAGCUAAUUUCCAUUUUUAGGUGAACUAUCUCAUAAAAUAAAUAAUUAAAACCUGCUCAUCAUGACUGCUUUAUGGGAACAGGAAUGUGAUUCGUUCUAUAGUGUGUGUAUAUUUUUUUUAAUGCAAUGAAAAAUUACUAAAAAGUGUUUUUGUUUCUCA